AUGGCGACUCCAUUGUGAACCGAUAUUUUCAGCGAUGGCUAAAAUACUUUCUGCCCCUGUUUUAUGUCGAUGUGCAUACAUUCUUCUGAUUGUUUUGAUUAUAGAUACAAAGAGCAAUGUCGGUAAGUCAUUCAACUCUUAGAAUGUUUCCAUCAAUCAAUCAACUAACUUGAUGUGUUGCCGUAAAGCUAACGUUAGCUAGGUACCUGGCUAACACCAAUCAAUCCCUUUUCUAGUUUUUCAGCCGUCGUAUCUCGUCACAUCUGGACCUAGAUUGUCGGCUUUCUUGCUUGGAAACUCAUCUGGCAUAUCCCUGAUCCUGAGCUCUCUAUCGCCCUCCAGUUCCUCAGGUAAAUUAGCUACUUACAUGGUGUUGUCAAUGAGCACUUGUCACUGUCCAUGGCAUGGGUUUUGUAAGCAAUAACAUGCAUUUUGUGGAUUCAUUUUGACAGGUCGCCUUCCACCCCCAUCAUGCUCAGAAGAUCAGACGCAGUGGGUUCUCACACGGGAGUUGGUGGGCAAGGUAAGUGUGUGACAAACUGUUCUCAUCAGGAGCUGUUUUUCAGCAAGACAGAGUUCGCCCUGACCACUGCUAUCUAAAAUGACUGCUACCUCUUCCUGGCCAAGUAACAGAGCUGUCCUUUUAGCAGCAGCACAUACCACACAAGUGGGCUGAUUUUUCAUGGCUUAAAGUAGUCAUAAAAUAUUUUUUUAGCAACCAAAUAGUAUUGUCUACACACAAAAACACUAAACGAUUGACACCAUUCAGAACUUUCUUCAUGGAAAUUACUCUCACCACCUAAUUUCUGUCUCCCUGCAACCUCUCUCUUUCCCUGUGUCUCAGACUACAGUGCAAGUGCAGUUGAGUCUGAACCGCAGCCUGCUCCUGUGUGAUAAUAAUAAUGACACAGACUGCUGUCCUGAGCCACUGUGUGUGCUGGAGACUCUACGUGUGUCUGCCUGUCUGGGGAACACACCUCAGGCCUCACUGCUAAUCCAGGCUAGGAUCUAUGCCCAGGUGUUUCCCACUGAACCUGUGUCUGGUAAGUCUGGCUCUUUUUAGAGUAGGUAUCUUUGGUCAAGCCAAGGGAUAUUGUAGUACUUAUUUCAAUUGUUUGUCUGGUUGUCCCCCUUUUUAAUUAUGCUUUUACAUUUUUGUCAGACAACAAAACAGUAAUUCCCAACCAAGUGUACCGGCCCCUGGGCUCCUGUCCCUGUGACCUAACUGUGGGAGCCUGUGAUGUGCGCUGCUGCUGUGACAAGGUAUUUACAUCCAUUGUUACACAUACUAAUCCGCUUGCUCCGUGGCUAGAGUAGACAUUUUGUUUCUGUCAUGUGUCUCCCCCAGGACUGUUCCCCUGAAGCCCUGAAGUUGUUUCAGGGCCAGUGUCUUUCGGGGCCCUUUGGAGGGGAAGUUUCUCCAGUUCCUGAUUACCUGUGCAUUGCACAGUCUGCUAAAAAUGCCCCCGAUUGGUUUCCAUUUCUCUGCGUCAUCUCCCUGCCUGAAAACAAUCCCUUCCUUGGACUCUUUUAUGAAGGGGACACAAUGUGAGACACCGUCUAUUUCCUCAAGACAUUUUUGUAUCGAAAUCCAGUUGUCAUAAACAGACUUGUGUUUGCUAUAUCUCCCUUACUGCAUUUUCAUUGGCUUGACCUAAUAUGUGUUGUGCCUUCUUCUGUACCUGCUCCAGCACACCAAAGCCCAGGCCAUCUUUCCAAAGGCCAGUGCUGUCAGCUCCACUGCCCACCAAUAUCUACCAGCAGGGGGAUCCCAUUUUUACCAUGAGUGAUCAGUAUUUCACCAUUCCUCAGGUUAGCCUUGUGUGUGUCUGAUUCUCCCUCUCUGUGUAUAAACUGUAUGUGUUUGUAAAUGGACAGUCAGAACUCUCUCAGGCUCAAAGUAACUGUUUUGGUCUUCUAUGCCAUCUGAUAUGUCUAAUUGAUGUCUUAAUUCCUCAGAACUCCCUGGUUGGCCAGUGUGUAGAUAAUGCCCCUGUGGCAUUUUUGAAAAACUUCCAAGCGCAGUGUGUGACCCAUCUCCUGUCCUGCCCAACUGAACCCCCCUUACAGACGACAUCAACUGAGCUGAGGGUGCAAGUGAGGGAUGGCCAAGGGGGUACGUCUCUCUCCCCAUGAUCAGAAUAAUUACUUACUUUUUCAACUUGACCAUUUGUUAUUUUUCUGAUUGAUUUGCUUUAGUUUUUGUGUGCUCAUUGGGGAAACAUUUCAGGUGUGGUCACAGUGGAUGUCACGGAUAAAAUGGCUGUUGAUCUGAGCCCCUUUGUCGCGAGUCCUGUGGCUGAAGAUGGCAGACUGCUGUGUGAAAAUGUGACCUUGGCCUUGGAUUACAAAUUCUUCUGGAGAGGGAACGGCCUGACAAAUAUCACACUAACCCGCAUACUUGGGAAUAUCUUUUCUGCUAGUGGUAAGGGCCUCUUUCUUUUAGUUUUUACCUGCUGGGCAUUACUGGGUAUUUGUAGUAUCAUUAAUUAUCAUUAUCAACGCUGACGUUGUUUGUCAAUGAUUAACACCUAAAUUGUUCUGCUUUUAUGUGUUUGUAGUUUCUCUUCCUCUCACAGUGGCUUUGACAGCCAGGUAUUCAGUUGUGUUUCUGAAUGGAGAUGCUUUAGCUCAGCCCAACUCAGGGAACCCAGGUUUGUGCAACCUAAUACACUUUUUAUAAGCGUUUCAUAAUGGGGAUCUUAAUGUGCAACAUAAAAAGAUGAGACUAGUUUCACUGAUUUACAGACAAAGCUUUGUGUGAUCUCUCAGGUUACCAAGUGGGCAGGCCUGUGAUUGGUGGGAUUGUGGACACCUUGGAGAAUGGCACAGUCAUACAAAGGACCCCAGUCAAUCUUAGGAAGCCAGGUAACGGUCGUCUUUGUACCAUGGAUAGUGCACUGGAAAAUCAACAGCUUUGAAAGGUGUCAAUUAUCUAACUCUACACAUCAGAAAUAUAUAAAAAUGUUUUGCUUAGGCACUUCGAUUAGACUAUUGUGAGAACCAGCAGUUACAGGUGUUGUAGAGCACUGUUGGAUGGCUUGUGGCCUGUUAGUGUAUGUGUAUUCAUGUUUUUCUAUUUCUGUCUUCAGUAAGCAGUGGACUAUGUGACUCUGCUGAGAGGAGGCCAGUACUGUUUGGGGAGAACUCAACUGCAGGAUGUCUGUUACCUGUGAGCCUACAGAGCCUGACCCAGUGUAGCCUGCUCAGGUAUGUCACAGGAUACACAAAAAACUAUUUUCACGCCACUUCGAUACCGAAGUUACUUUUUUGUAGCAGGUUAGGAGAAUUAAUGUAGCAGGUUAGGAGACUGAGGUUAAGGUUAGGAAAAGGGUUAGGGUUAGCGAAAAUGCUCUCCUAACCUGCUACAAAAAUCACUUUGUAUCGAAGUUGUGUGAAAAGAGUGUGCCCCGUACUGUUUUAUACCUACUGUAUCCUGUGCAUGUGACAAUAAAACGUUGAAACUUGAAACACACACAGAUAAAUAGCAUUGCUGGAGUUGAUAAAAUUACAGCUGCAUGCAUGCAAAUGGAAAGGAUCCAUGUCUCCCUGUAAAAUGUUUGACCUCCUUUUUUCUUUUUUCCUCUGCUAGGCAGAAUGUGGCCUCUCUUCAGAUGGCACUGAGCACAGCAACACACAUAGCAAGGAAUGGAGACCCAGAUUUCCUGAACCUGGCUGACUGGUUGAACAUUAGCUGUGAGGACAAACCUUUCAAACUUUAACUGUUCAAUUAAUUUAAAUAUUAGCCAAAAUAUUCACCCUGUUAAUUCAUUAUUUUGGCUUUGUUGCUUUCUUCAAUUAUUCUUCUGUGUCCAACACACUGAAUAACCAACAGUUGUGAAACUGAACUCCAGCCAGUCUGUCGGGGGUGGUAUUGGCAUAUGUUCUGGGAUUCCCUCCCACCGGCACAUCCAUGUUAGGAGCAUUCUGGCAGAGGUGGUGGGGGGGUUGCCUCAGCGGGAGAUACAAGCAGUGGAAGUCAGGUAAGUGGCAACAGCCUACAACACUGUCCAUUGCCAUCACACCCAUCUUUCCUUUCUGUCUGUGCUGACCUUCUGUUCAUACUCCGGUAGGGCCAAUUACUAUGCAUUGAUUGGAUGUGUGAUUGAAUAAAGUCCUCCUUGUUUAGUCUACAGUCGUGGUCAAAAGUUUUGAGAAUGACACAAGUAUUGGUCUUCACAAAGUUCGCUGCUUCAGUGUUAUGAGAUAUUUUUGUCAGAUGUUACUAUGGUAUACUGAAGUAUAAUUACAAGCAUUCCAUAAGUGUCAAAGGCUUUUAUUGACAAUUACAUGAAGUUUUUCAAGACCUCUGCAAUCUGCCCUGGCAUGCUGUCAAUUAACUUCUGGGCCACAUCCUGACUGAUGGCAGCCCAUUCUUGCAUAAUCAAUGCUUGGAGUUUGUCCGAAUUUGUGGGUUUUUGUUUGUCCACCCGCCUCUUGAGGAUCGACCACAAGUUCUCAAUGGGAUUAAGGUCUGGGGAGUGUCCUGGCCAUGGACCCAACAUUUCGAUGUUUUGUUCCCCGAGCCACUUAGUUAUCACUUUUGCCUUAUGGCAAGGUGCUCCAUCAUGCUGGAAAAGGCAUUGGUCGUCACCAAACUGUUCUUGGAUGGUUGGGAGAAGUUGCUCUCGGAGGAUGUGUUGGUACCAUUCUUUAUUCAUGGCUGUGUUCUUAGGCAAAAUUGUGAGUGAGCCCACUCCCUUGGCUGAGAAGCAACCCCACACGUGAAUGGUCUCAGGAUGCUUUACUGUUGGCAUGACACAGGACUGAUGGUAGCGCUCACCUUGUCUUCUCCGGACAAGGUGUUUUCCGGAUGCCCCAAACAAUCGGAAAGGGGAUUCAUCAGAGAAAAUGACUUUACCCCAGUCCUCAGCAGUCCAAUCCCUGUACCUUUUGCAGAAUAUCAGUUUGUCCCUGAUGUUUUUCCUGGAGAGAAGUGGCUUCUUUGCUGCCCUUCUUGACACCAGGCCAUCCUCCAAAAGUCUUCGCCUCACUGUGCGUGCAGAUGCACUCACACCUGCCUGCUGCCAUACCUGAGCAAGCUCUGCACUGGUGGUGCCCCAAUCCCGCAGUUGAAUCAACUUUAGGAGACGUCCUGGCGCUUGCUGGACUUUUUUGGGCGCCCCGACGCCUUCUUCACAACAAUUGAACCUCUCUCCUUGAAGUUCUUGAUGAUCCGAUAAAAGGUUGAUUUAGGUGCAAUCUUACUAGCAGCAAUAUCCUUGCCUGUGAAGCCCUUUUUGUGCAAAGCAAUGAUGACGGCACGUGUUUCCUUGCAGGUAACCAUGGUUAACAGAGGAAGAACAAUGAUUUCAAGCACCACCCUCCUUUUAAAGCUUCCAGUCUGUUAUUCUAACUCAAUCAGCAUGACAGAGUGAUCUCCAGCCUUAACGAGAGAAUCACUGACAUGAUGGCAGCUGGUCCUUUUGUGGCAGGGCUGAAAUGCAGUGGAAAUGUUUUUUUGGGAUUAAGUUCAUUUUCAUGGCAAAGAGGGACUUUGCAAUUAAUUGCAAUUCAUUUGAUCACUCGUCAUGACAUUCUGGAGUAUAUGCAAAUUGCCAUCAUCAAAACUGAGGCAGCAGACUUUGUGAAAAUUAGUAUUUGUGUCGUUCUCAAAACUUUUGACCAUGACUGUACUGUCUCUGAUGUGAGUGUUGCCUCUCCACAGUGACCAUAUGUCCACUUGGAAGUUUGAGUGUGGAGGGGGUGACCCCUGUCUGGAGCCGACUGGGACUCAGACUUUCCCUGUCACCUCCUCCAUCACCUUCACUGAUAUCCCAAUCAACACAGGACCACCCAAAACCAGGUGAACCCUGAAAGGCUAAAGCCCUGAUAAUUUAAAUACAGCCUCAGUAUAAGGUUUCAUGACUACGUUGAACUGUUGGUAAGUGCAGUGAAUAAAACCUCUGAUGUGGUUCUGCCCUUGCGUCCUUCAGGUUUCAGAUUAACUUUACAGAGUAUGACUGCGACAGGAACGAUGUGUGCUGGCCCCAGCUUGCCUUCCCCCUCACCAGGUAUUAUACAGGUGAGACUCUCUGCUGUCCCAAAAUGUGACUAUUCAAAUAUGCUAAAUGGAUGAUGACAGUAGGAUGAACUCUUUCCCUUCACCCCUCUACCUCCAGGUGAGUCGUACUCCCUGUCUCUGGCCAAGGGCCUCAUCCUGGUGUUUUUCUUCAUCGCUGCCUCCAUUCUCGGGACUCCAUGGAAACAGAUCCGACAGGCAUGGAGAAGUGCUUCUCUCUAAACCCACGAAUUUGAGAAAGAGUGCGAUAGUAAACAGACAGACUGACAUGCACUAACUCUUGAUGUGGUUUACCCACCUUGACUGUCUAAUGGCUUGAUCCUGCUGAAAAAUAAUGGAUGAACAUAUUGUUAUUGAGCUAGUAAACAGCCAGUCCGUAAGUAAUUUUCAGGUGGUAAGUUUGAACAGGUUCAGCAGGUUUUUUCAUGGUUUGUAAGAAUGUAAAUUAUCAAGUUGACUGUGUUUUGAUAUUUUUGAAUAAAG